AUGACCCCGCGCGUCAUCGGGGCCGCGACGGUCUCCGGACGGCCGCGCGCGUCCGUCACCGGGGGCUCUAGAGGCCCCGCCGUCGACUUCGCGACGCUCGGCCGUGCGCCGCUCCGGCUCGGGUUCGGGUCCCGCCGGGUGACGUCGCGCGACCUGCAGAUCAGGGAGGCCACGGAGGAGCUGCUCGACCAGGAGGUGCCGGAGCCGGAGGGCGUCGCGCACGAGGUGUCGCUGCUCAAGGGCUUCAACGCGACGAUCCCGAGCGCGGAGAAGGGCCGGACGCGGCGGAGGCAGACGCGGAACGUCGACACGCCGAAGUUGGGGCUGAAGAGGAUCAGCAUGGGCGUAAGGGGGAUGCUGGAAGACGAGGACCACGACGGGGAGAGCGUGGUCAGCGAGGAUGAUGUGGUCAUGGUGGGCGCUUCAGACCGGACACUGCAGGGGAGGAAGGGCAAGCGGAAGGGGAGGCAGAGUUUGAGUGCCAGCAAGGUGCUUGGGACGGAGGAGCUCACUCGACAAACUCACGAGAUUCAGCGGGACAAGGAGAACUUGCACGUCCGCAGGGCUCUCAUUCACAACGAGAUCGAUGAGAUUUCUCACAGGAUUGAAGCGUUGGACGCCAUUCGGUCCAAGUUGGGACAAGACCUGCUCAAGCUUCAGGAGGAAGAACUCGAGCUCGACGAUGAAUUGGUGGGUGUUCGAGAACGCCUGGAGUUGGAAGAAUCAUCUAGUCAACCUGCCCGGAGUCUGUCGCAUUCCGGGCUUUUACCUCAUACUUCAAGACGACGUAAAGGCCCAGCUUUCCUACCCUCAGAACAUGACGAUCUCCCUCCUGGCGUUGCAUUCAUGACAUUAGAAAGCCACACGACACCGAUUACAGCUCUCGACUUCUCUGAACCAUACGGCACUUUGGUCACUGCCAGCCAAGAUGACACGCAACCGCGUGUGUGGGACUUGCUCUCGGGCGAAGAGAUUGGUCGCUUGCGCGGACACCGCGGGACGGUGAAGUGCAUCCAGGUAGAAGACCAUAUUUGCUUGACGGGUAGUGAAGACAGCACGGUGCGCGUCUGGGACUUGCGGCGCGUUGACGAGGACGAAGAGUGGGAAUCGGGCGACAUGCUCAGCUUGAGCGACGUCGCGGAAGAGGACGAGGCGGCAGAAGAGCAGUCUAUUCGGCAGGGCGGCAGCAGCAGCAGUCGACCUUCAAGCGUUGUGUCAAGAGAUGGGCCGUGUGUCCGCACAUUGGAAGGUCAUACCAAGGCAGUGUCCACGAUGUACUUCGAGGACGAGUGUCUGGUGACUGGAGCGUCAGACAAGACCAUGCGGCAAUGGGACCUAAACACCGGCCAAUGCGUCAUGACGAUGGACAUCUUGUGGGCCAUCUCGCAUCCUCCCGCCUCCACUCCUGGUACCGCUCUUCCUGCGCACCUCUUCCCGGCGCCGCGGCUCGCCACUCCCCCUUACUCGGAUGGCACCUGGGAGAUGUACCAGGACUUCGUCGGUGCCGUACAGUUCUGGGGAUACGCGCUCGUUAGCGGCAGUGGAGACGGGGCAGUCCGGAUGUGGGACAUGCGCACUGGGCAGCCGCACCGGACGCUCUUGGGCCACACUGCACCCGUGACAAGUCUACAGUUCGACGAGCUGCACAUAGUCUCGGGCAGUCUGGAUAAGUCCAUCGGGUACAUUUGGGACGUUCGCACUGGCGGCAUCUUCGAGACGCUGAAGUACGACCAUGCCGUCACCGCGCUCCAGUUCGACACCCGCAAGAUUGUUGCUGCGACGGGUGAGAACGGUAUUAAGAUAUACAAUCGAACCAGCAUGCAGCAUUCCACGCUUCUCACCAACGGCCACACGCGCCCCGCCGAGCGCCUCCGCUACAUGGACCGUACAUGGUUUCGGGCGGGCGCGACUCGGUUAGCCUGCAUUUCUCACCUGCGCGACGGCGAGCUUCCGCCGAACAAGCUCUCGGUACUUGUGCUGGUGCUGGUGUGGGGCGCUCCGCGAGGUUUACCACGCACGUUGCCUCUUUCGCAUCCUACGCCGGGCAUUGGAGUCCGAAUGCACGGCACUGCAGGGCUUUCCGAAGGGUCUGAGAACUAG